AAAAAAUCCACGCGUAAUUCACUUUGUUUUUCACUUGCCGCUUCGGAGUUUUGCAUGGACAGAAGUCCAUGCAACAAUCCGCUGCAGCAUGCAGCACGUCUGCAAGGGUGGCGCGCUGACGUUUCUGCUCAAGUACUUUCCGGGUGCAUUUUCCCAAAGCGCCCCUGACCUGCGCCUUGGGAUCCCUGGUCCUCGACGCCCCGACAUCAGGGAUGUCGAGCCUCGCUGGCGCCGCGCUCCCGCCCGUCAGCCUGCAGCUCCCGCGCCCAAGGCCGGCGAUAGCGUGGGCGGAGGCGUCCAGCGCGUCGCCCGCGCCGCGGCAGCCCUCGACGCCCAGGAUGGCCCGCGGGCGCCCCGUCGCCGGCAGACCGUCCGGCGGCCACGGUGAGGCCGCGCCGGGCCCCGGCGCCCUCGGCCCCUGCAGGAUCCGCAGGCCUCAUGGGCUCGGGCCUCCUCCUGGGCCUGCGGUGACUCUCCACGACCUCCUCGAGCUGAAGAGGUUCGGCCUGAGGAUCUCCGAGUCUCGCCCGGGCAGCGGCACGCCGGGCCGGCGCAUGGCCAAAGCGUGCACGGCGCCCGAGGUGCCAAGAGUGGAGCUGGUCAGCAGCGGGGCAAGGAGCGGCCAGACGAGCGACACCGAGUCGAUGAGCGACACCGAGUCGACCUUCGACAUCUUCUCCCGGGAGUCCCCGAGGCCUUCCGGGGUGGGCGCCGGGAUCCUGCAGGAGCCUCGCGAGCCCGACCAACCUCGGCGACCGCAAGCGCGACAGACAUCGAUGACCUCGACGACUGUGAACCAUCUGGGCCAGAGGAUCUGCUACAGUCGCCGCCCAACCUCGACGACCGCAAGAUCAUCCUGUGCUCCGCGGGCCCGAGGCAGUCGGGCAGCGAGGCGGUCGGGCCCGCGCGCCCGCCGGCAGAGGCGCCCGCCCACGUCCGCCCCGGCCACGCAGGGAGGUCGCUUUCGACGAGGCCCCCGCGCUCCGCGGGCAGCUGAGGCACUGCUUUUGGGCAGCUGGGAGGAGGAGGAUGAGGACGAACGCAGAGGAGGAGGAGGUGCGGCUACCCCGGACUUCAGACAGAGGCGGCAACGAUCACCCGCGACGCCGGAGAGCUUAGAUCCUGCGACUUAAUUCGUUAAUUUGCAGCGGACCUGUAGAUCGUCUGCAGUACAUGUCAUUUGCCUGUGUUGCUGAACAGACUCAACAACUCAAGCGAUUAUAAUUCUUAUAGAGUUCAACCUGGUUGAUUAUGCCAGUGCUGCUACCAGUCGUGCUGACUAGGUGUUCAACCAGUUCAUGCUGCUGAAUCCAGUCGCGAUGCCCGCACUGUUGUCCGCAUGGUUGAUCCAGGAGCGAACUCCUGGUACUUCAUGCACGGUCCAGGACAGACCCCUUGCUACCUCACGCUCGGUCCAGGACCGACUCCCUUCAACCUGACUUAGAUGUCACGCCAGUUUUCUGGUCACACCCGAGAGCAGCCACGGUGCAUAUUCUAUGUUCUGAGGUCCCAAGAUUGACCGCCUGCACACUGGUACAGGCACACUGGUACGGGCACACUGGUACAGGCACACGGUCCCAAGGCAUUCUGGUGCAAUUUUUGAUUCUUCGGUCCCAAGGUUGACCGCCGCGCCCGAAUGGUACAGGCCAGCAUUGCAUCGCGGCGCGCGCCCUUUGCACGUUCAGGGCAGUGCUGGUACGAGUCACAAGGGCCCCUGAAGCCACAUCACAGCACCAUUCCCAGGAGAUGAUUUUGGCGGCAGAUGACUGUUCGAGCGCGACUCCGCUACAUCCAGCGCGGGGCAUCGGGGGAUCGGUGCUCCGGGGGGAGGAGGAGAAGGAACGCGCGCAUGCGAGAGCACGUCGAUGGAUACGGCAUCUGGCGCUGCCUGUGCAUGCGGCAGUGGUCUGGAAGGUAUGACUUGGUGACGUUGACAGCGCUUAGCGGCCAUGUCAAUCGAGCGCCCACGCUUGGUGCUCACAUCACUGUGCUUUCUCGGUCGGCUUGCGGGGACAGCCGGGUGCAGCAAGCAUGCUACAAUGUUGUUUCUGCGCUCGCAGGGUGGCGCAAUGCGAAAAGUGUCGGGGCGCCAGGUGGGUUUGCCUCCCCUGUCGGUAAGACGCAGGGACCUGCGUGCUUUGUUUCUUUGAUGAUUCUGCGCAUGCUGUCCUAGAGCUUAAGUUUUUUUGCGCUGGUUCGAUUAUGUAUGACGUCUGCGUCUGUGCGAUCAUCCUUUUUCUCGGCCAGCUGGGCCUCCCCACAGCGCCACGGACCAAAUGAUUCAACAGCGGCCCAGAUACAGAGGAGGGGCUCAAUUACGUCUCCGCGUGCUGAAAGUUCUCUAUUUUUUCGUGGGCGCCCUUCGGAUGCGAUGUCAAUGGACGCGUCACCCGGGGUCCUCAUCCAUGCUGCUCGGAGGCAGGGGUGGGGACGCUCUCGGCUCCCCUCGCUCCCACGCCCGACGCAUCUCCGGAUGUCCUGCCUCCACUCUCCUCCGCCUUCCUGAAGGCCGCUUGGUGCACGGCCGCGCUUCGCCGACCCACGCCGUGGGCAAAUGCUUCAUCGUGCGCACGUUACGUGCACUGCUGGCGCGACCAGCACUCGAUUACAGCGUGCAUGUGUCGCACAAGCGCCGAGCAGAUAACACUUCGUUUGCGAGCUUGCGAGCUCUACAAAAAAAAGGCCGCUCCCGCCGCCACAAAGCAGUCGGAUCCAGCGGGCGACGGGUCUCGGAGGUGUUCCGUUGUUUUCGGGUUGCGGG